AUGUCUGUCGCCAAUGCUAGUCUCAGCAUCGUACAAGAAUACAUAUCUACGUCCCAGAAACUCGCGAAGCAAGGCCGGAUCCUUCCUCUGGUCUCGCCCUGGCGAGCAUACCAAGUGAUCCUCCAACUGAUCUACAUAUGGUUGCAAGGGAUCAUAAUUCUUCUGUUCAAACCCACCCCUCCAAAAUCUCCCGACCAGCCGACGAAACCGUUGGGUAGAGUGGCUGUGGUCGGUGCUGGGCUGACCGGAAUAUCAUCUGCUGCACACGCAAUCGCGCACGGCUUCGAUGUGGUCAUUUACGAGGCUGGAGAUCGCCCGGGGGGAAUCUGGGCUCAUGUGAAUAGCACAUCAGGUCUCCAACUCAACUCUCUCAUCUAUCGCUUCCACCCGGCCGUACUGUGGCGUCACGCGUUUCCAAAACGCGACGAAGUCCUCAGUGAAAUACGGCGUAUCUGGAAGGAAUAUCAGCUCGAGCCGCGGACUCGGUUCAACACCCGAGUAACGUCUGUCACACGGUCGCCAGCCGACUUUGUAGAGGCCGAGGACCUCGAUCCCAAAAAUUCGGGGCACGCUCGAUGGAUCAUAAACGAUGGUUCGGAUGGUCCGUUCGAUGCAGUCAUUGUUACCAUCGGCACCUGCGGGAAACCGCAGAAAGUAGGUUUCCCAGGCAUGCCCGAUUCUGAAGAGAGUGGGGACAACAGAUCCGACAAAAGCGACCAGAAGCGGGAAGGCAAGGAAGACGAACACGAAGGAGAAACGUUCCAAGGUCAGGUCAUCCAUUCGUCUGAAUUGGAUGAAGCGGAUUUGGAAGGCAAGACCGUCCUGGUAAUUGGCAGUGGGGCCAGUGGCGUGGAAGCAGUCGAGACUGCUUUGAGCAAGGGCGCAAGAGAUACACUCAUGGUCGCCAGGGAUGACAAGUGGAUUAUACCAAGGAACAUAGUAUUUGAUACCACGCUUUCAGCACAACCAUUUGGGCGUGAGACUCCCUUAAGCUUCAUCUGGGAAUGGGUUCUCAAGAAAUGGCACUAUCGCGGCGUCGAGGACAUAGCCCCGCACCAUCGCGGAAUCUUUGAGGGUACACCUGUCGUGAAUGACGAGUUCCUGAACUACAUUCGCACGGGUAGAUGUACCUAUGUCCGGGGAGAUACCUUGCGGCUUACAAAUUCUGGCAUUUUGGUCAACGUGCGGUCUCGUGAAUCUAAGCCGAAAGACCCGGGUGAGAAGAAGGAGUUCAAGGGAGACGUUGUAGUUCUGGCUACUGGUUUCCAGAGGCCAGAGAUUGACUUCUUGCCGGAAGACCUCUUCCCCGAGAACUAUCAGAGACCCGACCUGUACUUGCAGAACUUCCCAACUGAAGACUGGUCCAUCCUCCUCACGAACUCAGCUUAUGUAAAUGCUAUUGGAACUGUCGGACAUUUCCACAUCGGUAUCUAUACCCGCAUCCUCUUGACGCUCCUGCUGGACAAGGACGCUAGGCCGGCUCCCAAAGAUAUGAAACUCUGGGUGGACAACGUCCGAUUCGUCAAACGAGGCGCAAAGGGUGGCCCCUUGAGCUUCUUCACUUACAUGGAACUCACUAUCUGGCUACUGUUGUUCCACUUGUUCCGCCCUGAUCGUAUUCGAUGGCUGUUCUUCAUCAUGCAAGGCUGGGGUGUCGUACCGCAAGAGUAUAGACAGUAGAAGUUUAGAUAUCAAAAUUUCUCCCUUGUUUGUAUAAAAUAUUGCUGCGCGGUUGCAUUCACGAACACGAAACGCGCAUAUCUGACCCGUGCAUUACUUUACUGAGCAUACACAAGAUAAGAUACCUUCUUUGUAUUUCCCCCAUGUUCCGCGGAGAACAGCGCGGCACAAUCAGUGCCGUAACUUUCAUGCAAAGUAGAGUUACACAGCAUGCGGCCAUAGCAUAUGGCAUAGAUGACAAAUGCGGUAAAACAUGACGAUGCAGGAAAGAUACAAUGACGACCGACAACCC